AUGUCUGACAGAGGGAAAAGAGGCAAAGGACUGGGCAAAGGCGGAGCCAAGCGGCACCGUAAAGUGCUCCGUGAUGACAUCCAGGGCAUCACCAAACCGGCCAUCCGCCGUCUGACUCGCCGUGGCAGCGUCAAGCGGAUCUCGGGUCUGAUCUACGAGGAGACCCGUGGGGUGCUGAAGGUUUUCUUGGAGAUUGUGAUCCGGGAUGCGGUCACCUACACUGAACACGCCAAGCGCAAGACGGUCACUGCCAUGGAUGUGGUGUACGCUCUGAAACGCCAGGGCCAUACUCUCUAUGGCUUCGGCGGCUAA